UUGCCAUCCGCCUGGGUGAUUGGGUCUUUCUCUUCGCCACUCAAUCGCUACUCUAUCUAUCUACUGCAACAAUGGAGUUGCUACUCCGUCGCGCUGCGUCGGCGCGUACGCUACCCCAGGUCCGCGUCCUCGUGGCCACCUAUCGUUCUAAACGCAGCCAAGCCAAGCGCGAGGCAUUCCGCGUAGCCAGCGGCCUCCCCGCUAGCGAUAAGAAGAAGAAAAAGCAUCCGAAGGACCAGCGAAAGUCACAACGCAAGAACGAGCGACACGAGGCACAACCGCUCGUCAAGGAGCCACCGCAACCCACACUGGAGGAGAUCGACCGAGAAUGGGCCAAGAUGCGUCUUCGCACAAUGGUUGUUCCGCCUGCUGUGAUGCCGGCGCGGACCCGCAAGGAAAUCGAGAACAAGAGACGCAUGCGUCGUCUAGGUCUGCUAUCGGACGACGAGGAAGAGGAGAAUGACGGCACCGGCGCCUUUGAUCCUCGUAACAAGGGCUUUGUGGGUCGACGUCCGACGCGGGAGCGGGAGGCUCCGUCCAACCCGCUGCAUUUCUACGACGGACGAGCUUCAAGAGCGGAGAAAUCAGCGGAGGAGGAGAGAUACAGAAGCACGGGACGCUUACCCUCGAGACGACCAGUGGCCAUGAAGGACAAGCAGUUCACUAACAUCCAACCAGCACCAGAUAAUGUGGUGGAGCGAGAGUUCCUGAUCCCGGACGAACCGGCCAAUCCCAAGGCGCUGGAUCUGGCGGUGAUUGGCCGUCCGAAUGCAGGCAAGUCUUCCAUCAUGAACAGGCUGUUGAACGUGACGGUGUCUGCGGUGUCACCUAAGUACAACACCACUCGUGACCGUGUGUUGGGCAUCUUGACGGAGGGCGACGCGCAGCUCUCGUUUUACGAUACACCUGGACUGAUCAAGCCCAAGGAGACCCACGAGUACGUGCAGACGCUCGUGACAACGGCCGCAGAGACAUUACAGGGUGUUGAUCUGUCGAUGCUGGUCGUGGACUCAGUGAAGCGUCUUGAUGAAUCGGCUCUGCAGGCGUUGGAGAAGGUGCUGACAACCUCGGCGCAGGUGUGCUCGCCUACCAUGCUCGUGAUGAACAAGUACGACCUCGUAGGUAAACGCGAGCAGAUCAACUUGGAGAUCAAAACGAAAGAGUUAUCUCAGAUGAUUGAAGAGAUCUACGCCAAGCACUACGAUGCUGAGGGAUCAUCGUUGCAGAUCGACCCACUGGCUUACAUCGGUGGCAACAGUAUCAAAGUUUCGGCCGUGAAGGGCCAUGGCAUGGACAAGUUGAGGAAGACCCUGCUGUCACUCGCAGUCGACCGACCUUGGAGCUACCACUCGUCCAUGCAUUCCGAUAUGUCGGACUUGGACUUGGUGGCUGAGAUUAUCCGUGAGAAACUCUUCCGCCGGUUCAACAAGGAGCUGCCGUACUCGUUCGAGCAGGAGAACGUCGGCUGGACUAAGUUCAAGGACAAGAGUAUUCGCAUCGACCAGGAUAUCUUCGUUCCUGCUCCUCGCGUCCGCAAGAUGGUGGUCGGGCACAAUGGCGACACCAUCCGCUCCGUGGGAAUGGCAGCCCGCGACGAGAUCGAGCAGUUGUUGAAGCGUCGCGUGCAUUUGUACCUGAACGUUCGCGUCCGUUAGUUUCAGUUGAUAUACCAACUAGAAUGCCUAGCGUUACUUUGCGCUUUAAGCGUUACUUUAGGUCGAUCGCAAAGUAACGUACCACAAACCGACGCCAGCGUCGAUAAAUAGGAUUUUAUAUUACCUAGAAGGGUCCCCGGAAAAAUAGUCCUGGGAGAGAUGCCAAAUGUGAGUUUUGAAAAAUGUAUUCAUCC